GCCUCAGGCUCUCACGCCUGGUCUUGGCCGUCUCCAAUCUCGGCACGUCAGGUCUCCUAAUUGAUCUUCUAUUAGUCCAGCCGACAGGAGGCGAUUGUCCUUAUCCGUUCCCCAGCCCUGGUCCAGGCAGCAGGGCUUAUCAGCAAGCCGCCCUGCUCUCGAGGAGACUUGCACUUUGCCAGCGAGAGGAGGAGAGGGUAUGAAGACGCCCCUGAGCCCGACGCAGUUCUUUGAGAACGGUCGCCUGUGCUUCCCGUACGGUGCCUGCGUGGAGCUGAAGGAGGUGCGGCCGGUGGACGGCCAGGCCGACAUGCAGCCGCUGCAGCCGCCGCCGCAGCAGGAGAAGAAGAAGCUGCUGUUCUCGCUGUGCGAGGUGUGCAACAUCCAGCUCAACUCGGCCGCCCAGGCCCAGGUGCACUACAACGGCAAGUCGCACCUGAAGCGCGUCAAGCAGCUGAACAACGGCGAGAUGCCGCCGGCGGUGACCGUCGCGCCGCCCGCCCUGUCCACCACGCUCACGCUCAGCAGCAGCAGCCUCAGCGGCUCCGUGUGCACCAUUGGAAGCACAGGAAGCUCCUGCCAUAGCAACACGCUUCCGACGCUGGUGCGGACGCCGUCGCUGAUGAUGCAGUCCACGCUGGACAUGAAGCCCUUCAUGCCCUUCCAGGUGGACACCUCCUCGCCCGUGGGGCUCUUCCCCAACUUCAACACGAUGGACCCCGUCCAGAAAGCUGUAAUCAACCACACAUUUGGAGUCUCCAUCCCUCCAAAGAAAAAGCAAGUGAUUUCUUGCAACAUCUGUCAACUCCGCUUCAACUCCGAUAGCCAAGCCGAGGCGCACUACAAAGGCAGUAAACAUGCCAAGAAGCUCAAAGCACAGGAGUCCACGAAACAUAAGCAGAAAGGUGCCGCUGCCGCUGCCCUGGACAGCGCAAAGACAAUCACCACCUCCUCCACCACCUCCUCCACCUCCUCCACCACCGCUGUCACUGUCAGCAACUCUGACCAACCAGAGAAACUUGUGGAGUCCUCUAGUGCACAAAACCUAGCGUCUGUUCCCCCAAAAGCGUUUGUGCCUGCGUCCCCCUUGAUCGUGACGCCGACCGCCGCAGGGUGUGGCAGCGGCACGGUAUUGGUGGCGACGGCAGUGACCGGCUUCUGCAAGCCGGCUCUGGAACCGGCGUCCGCCAGCUCUCCGACGGAGACCGCCGUCGCGCAGGGACCCACCGUGAAGGCGACCAUUGCCAAGCUCGCUCCCAUCGCCGCCGCGGCAACGACGGCAGCCACGCCCGCCACCGCCACCGCCGCCGCCGAGCCCAGCACGGAAUCAGAGGAGGAGAAGGCCAAAAAGCUGCUCUACUGCUCCCUGUGCAAAGUGGCCGUCAAUUCCCUCUCGCAGCUGGAGGCCCACAACACAGGUUCAAAGCACAAAACGAUGCUGGAGGCGAGAAGCGGAGCCGGCCCGAUUAAAGCCUAUCCCAGACCGGGAUCCAAACUCAAAACACAAGCCAGCACGGUCCUAAAGGGCUCGGGCUUACAGAACAAGACGUUCCACUGCGAAAUCUGUGAUGUCCAUGUCAACUCAGAAAUCCAACUUAAACAGCAUAUUUCCAGCAGGAGGCAUAAGGACCGAGUGGCAGGGAAGCCCCUGAAGCCCAAAUACAGCCCUUACAACAAGCAGCAGCGCAGCUCGACGGUCCUCGCGGCGAAAUUGGCUCUGCAGAAGGACCUGGUGAAGCCCAUCUCUCCGGCCUUCAUCUCCAACCCCUUCUGCCCGACCACAGUGCCCUCCAUCUCCCUGCACCCGCGGCCCAACACCUCCAUCUUUCAGACUGCCGCCCUGCCCCCAUCCUUCCUGCGGGCUGCCCCAGGGCCCAUCCGUCCCACAACGGGAUCCAUCCUCUUCGCGCCAUAUUGACCUCCCUUUUGACCCCCCCCAGACAUACCCAGACACACAAACAAACAAACACACACACACACACACACACACACUCACACAAUCGCCAUACCCACCCCCACUUCAUCAAAGUGUCUGCUGGAACGCCAUUAGCAAUAUGGAGGAGAAGCUGGCGGAAAGCAGAGAGAACUGCCUCUGUGACCUUCCUCUCCAACCCAGACCAAACACGCACACACACACACACACAGUCACGCACACAUGCACACACGCACACACACACAGUCACACACAACUGCGCGGUGCGCUGCAUAUCGGAUGUCCCCUCCAGGCCACCUCUGCCUCUCCUCGCUGUCCGGUGACAGGACGGCGACAGCUGGAACAGCCGUGUAUUUAUUAAACCUGUUUCCCCGUGACUGUGCGCAUCACCAUAAGCCCCGCCAGGUCAGCAUCCACUUGCCGAGGACUCUCCGUGGCGAAAAUCCUGCAGAGUACUACAAAAAAAAAAAAAAAAAUCAAGAAAAGAAAAAGAAAAAAAGCACCGAACUGCUUCCUGAACGACUUGAAUUAUCACGGUCUUCCUAUUCAAUUUAAUAGACGAACUCUGGAUACACGUCAGAAAAAAAGUGUUGGAACAAGUUACAGAAAAGAAAAGCCCUUAUCAUGCGGGAUAGUGCACAUUUUCAAUGUAAUGAUGUCGUCAGGGAGUGUGUGACACAGUUUUUGGCCUACGUGCUGUCUUGUAUUGUGCUGUCAAUCACUUGUAGUUGAUGCUUCUCACCCCCCUUUUAGCAGUCUGGGUCCCGGGCUUGUUCUGAUGUCGUGCUAUACUUCUCAUCCUAUGCCUCAGAAGAGAUCAACAUGGAUAGCCAUACCUGUUCACCUGUUUACCGAGCAAAGCAGACAAACAAAUGUUUUGUAACAAAGACAAAUCACACUCUACAGGUUUUUUUCUUUUGAGUUUUUUUUCUCUCUCUCAGUGGUGAUGAAAUGGUUAUCAAAAGCUCUUUUCUAAAAAGAAAACGUGACGAUAGUGUUUCUCUUUGUUUGUCGUUGUCCAGGCAGGAGAAUCAUGGGCCUUUCAUCUUACUGUUAUAUCCCUCAUUUCUAAUGAGGCUGCAUCGUUCGGCAGCUCCAGGAGGCAAUAAUGUACAGAACAUUGAAUAUUGUUAUUCUACAUAGUGUAUUUAAUGUUUACCUAAUGAGUUGCAAUACUAGUUGUAUUUUAUGAAAAUGGAAGGGGAGGGGGUUGGGGGGGUGCUAAGAUGAAUAGCGACAGUUAUUUGUAUUUUUAGAAUUUGAGAGAGAAAUCCACAAUCACAGAGACAGAGACUUCUUUAUUAGACUGUGGAACAUCUCCGUAGUCCAUAGUAUAUAUGUGUGAGUCUGUACAGUCCAUAAGAAAUUAACAUUUUCAAUAAAAUAAUAUAUUUAAAUGAUUUGUUCCCAUAUUAUACUGUACAUUGCUUUUUCAUGAUUAAAAAUGCAUAUUUGAAUUAGAGAGCAAAGAUUUUAAAAAUUAUAGUUUAUUAUAGGGCAGACCUGCUGAAGAUUAAAGGCAUGCUAAAUAAAAAAGAGUUAAUUUCGUAAAGGCUUCUGUGUGAGAUGUACAGUAUUUAUUUUCGGAAACAUUUUUUAUGAUGCAAUUGGUACAGGUAUUUCAUUCACUCUGCUUAGAGUUUGUGUGGGUUUUAUUUGUUUGUUAAAGUGUGUCUUUCUUUUUAUUAAAUCCCCUAGCGGUA